CGUUCUGCCUCUCCAGUAUUUUCUUGGUCGCCGUGAAAGGCAGAGCACACCCACACACGCAGGCGGCAGGAUGUCGAUCGUCAGCAUCGUUGCCAGGGAGAUCUUGGACUCCCGGGGAAACCCCACUGUGGAAGUGGACCUUCGCACAGAGAAAGGUCUGUUCAGGGCUGCGGUGCCCAGCGGAGCGUCCACAGGGAUCUACGAGGCUCUGGAGCUCCGAGAUGGAGACAAGAGCCGCUACAAGGGCAAAGGUGUUUUGAAGGCAGUCGGGCAUAUCAACGAUACUCUGGGUCCAGCCCUUAUAGCCUCGGGCAUCAGCGUGGUGGAGCAGGAGCAGUUGGACAACACUAUGAUCGAGAUGGACGGCACAGAAAACAAAUCUCAGUUCGGGGCCAACGCCAUCCUCGGAGUGUCUCUAGCCAUCUGUAAGGCCGGCGCUGCAGAGAAAGACGUUCCUCUAUACCGCCACAUAGCCGACCUGGCCGGAAACACAGAGCUGGUGCUGCCGGUUCCUGCCUUUAAUGUGAUAAACGGAGGUUCUCAUGCUGGAAACAAACUGGCCAUGCAGGAGUUCAUGGUUCUUCCUGUUGGUGCCGAGUCUUUCAAGGAGGCGUUGAGGAUAGGAUCGGAGCUGUACCACACACUGAAGGGGGUGAUCCAGGAGAAAUACGGCCAGGACGCCACCAAUGUGGGAGACGAGGGAGGUUUCGCUCCCAACAUCCUGGAGAACAGCGAGGCUCUGGAUCUGCUGCAGACAGCCAUAGAGAAGGCCGGCUUCACGGAAAAGGUGGUGGUCGGGAUGGACGUGGCUGCUUCAGAGUUUUACCGCGAUGGGAAAUACGACCUGGACUUCAAAUCCCCACCAGAUCCAGAGCGACACAUCAGUGCAGAGGAGCUGGCUGACAUCUACCAGGGCUUCGUCAACAACUACCCAGUGGUGUCCAUUGAGGACCCGUUCGACCAGGACGACUGGGAGGCCUGGUCCCGUCUGACGGCCCAGGUGGGGAUCCAGGUUGUUGGAGACGACCUGACGGUGACCAACCCCAAGAGGAUAGAGAAGGCUGCCGAGGAGCGAGCCUGCAACUGCCUGCUGCUCAAAGUCAACCAGAUCGGCUCCGUCACCGAGGCCAUACAGGCGUGUAAACUGGCUCAGGCGAACGGUUGGGGUGUGAUGGUCAGCCAUCGUUCGGGAGAGACAGAGGACACCUUCAUUGCCGACCUGGUCGUGGGACUCUGCACUGGACAGAUUAAGACUGGUGCCCCCUGCAGAUCUGAGAGGCUGGCCAAGUACAACCAGCUCAUGAGGAUUGAAGAGGAGUUGGGCGACCAGGCUCGUUUUGCAGGCCAUAACUUCAGGAACCCCAGCGCUCUGUGAAACUGACAGACAGACGAAUGACUCACACACACACACACACACAUUAAGCUACAGACACGACAAUAACACGGACCGAGCCAUGUAUAAAGAAAAAAUAUCACACUGAUUCAUGAAAAAUACACGAGCAAAAGAGCUGAGCAAAAAAAAUAAAAUAAAAAACCCACAAAAAUAAAUUAUGCACUGGACUUAUAUAUAGGUAUGGAGAUGAUGCUGUAUGCACACACACACACACACACACACAUAUAUAUAUAUUACGCAGAUGCAACACGCACUCAAGCACACGCAGGGGAAACAAUGAAAAUAUAAAAUCUAUAAGCCAGACAUGCACUGUUACUGUAGUUUUAAAGGAAUAGUUCAUGUACAGCCAGAGGACAGACCUGCAAAAAUACAGAUUAUUGUUGUAAAAACAGAGAGAUAAAUAAGUAGAGAUAUAAUAGAGUAAAACAGAGUGAAGCACGCAAACUGAAAGGGUGAAAAAAAAAACCCUCUAAAAGACCAAAACAAGAUGAUGCAUUCACAGAAACAAAACAGUUUCAGGGAUCGAGAGAAAGAACAACAAAACUGCACAAACACUUACACACUCUGUUGCAUCACACACUGACCUGGACACUGAAGAACCUGCACUCUGCCCACUUCUGUCCUCCGCCCUCCUUGUUUUUCGUCUCCUUUUUCUUCUCGUCAAGUCCCCUUUUCUCACUUUCGAACCCUCGUUUUCCUCCUGAUGUGAUUCUGAUGACGGCAGAUUAUUUGUCCUUCCUGCUUGAAGUCCUCCUCUGUCCUAAAAAAAAAUACAAACACAAAAAAAAAAAGAAUAAAAAAUGAACCCUAAACCCCCCAAAUGUUCCUUAAGUUUCUCCUGAGUGUCCAUAGAAUAGCUGUGUUGAAAAAGAAGAAAGGUAAUUUAAAAAACUGAAUAAAUUAACAGAACGCUUGUCAUUGAAAAUAAUGU